AUGCCUAACAAAAAAUCCAAUAAAUGUCUUUUAUCUGAUAAAGAGUCUUCUGAUGGAGAUAAACGUGGUUCUUUGAAGAAACCUAUUCCAAAGAAACAAUACAGAAGUAGUGAAAAACUUGAUUCUGAAACUAAUUCUGAGAAGUUUCGUGAAGAAAAAUCAUAUCAAUCGAAACAAAAGAAAAAAAACAGUUUGAUCGAUCUUAGCUCUUUGAAAAACAUGGCUGAAAAGGCUUAUUCGUCAAAGUCAGUUUAUAUUAUAGAUUCUGCCUCUGAACAAUAUGAUGAUAGAG